AUGCCGGAAACGGAAUACCCGACAUGGGCCAUUGCUGCAGUGGCGGUAUUUGGCCGUCACACUACCCCGCUGUUCAUACGCACCUUCAUCUCUCCGCGGGAGGUACUUGAGCACCCGGAUGCCGCCACGUGCGCAAACCUUUAUGCUGGCGAGGAGGAUGUUGUGCGUCUACAUUUCCUUUUGUUUUCCUCGCUGGAUCGAUGCGAUGACAUUUUACGUGAGCGGCGAAAGCAACAACAGCUGGAAAAGGGGAGUUCUAUUGCUUCUCGACAAGGCCCCGGUAGUCUCAGGACGGUGGUUGGGGUAUCUGCGGGUGCGGAUGUUCGUUUUCUUGGCAGGCUCCUGCGAAAUCACAAGUUUACUUCCUACGGUUUCCAGUCCGCCUCCGGUAUACGGACGAUCUUGGCGAUUGUGGGCGACAUCCCACUGGACGCGGUUUUGCCGCUUUGCCGCUCAACUUACGAGGCGGCAUCGGCGGCGCUCUGCAAUCCGUUUCGAACCCCACGCAUGCACGCGCACCUGCUGCAGUCGUGGUCCAAGUCGGGAUCGCAAGAACCAACUAUUCUUCCAGCAGAAUACGCGGAAAAUUUGAGAGCUGCGCCGACGCCAGAGAGAGUGGCGGAGGAACCCUCACUGGCGUAUUCGCACGGGUUUAGGGAGCAGAUACGGACGAUAAUUGAGCCAUUCACGGUAACGGCACGCAGUGCUCUGAUCUGA